GUCUGCUAUUAGUUAGGUUUGUUUAAACAGGUUGGGCUAAACAAAUGAAUGACGCUAAUUUUUGUCGGGUAGAUUAUAAAAUGUGAUCAUUCAGAUUCAAAAUGAGUUCUAAUCGUAGAUUAGUUUCUGUUCUUCCUAAAUUGUCCCAAGCCUCCAGAAUGAGAGCGCGUCCUUUUCAUAGUGUCAUUUCGGUGCGGGAUUUGUCAUUCCAGUCUGGGUCCUUGGAGAGCAAGUUCCACGACAUGAAAGGUAAAGUGAGCAGUCUGAAAACUGACCCUGGAAACGAGGUCAAACUGAAGAUGUAUGCUCUGUUCAAACAGUCUACAGAAGGAGAUAACUCAGCCCCCAAACCGUCUGCUCUGAAUUUUGUGGCCAAAGCAAAGUGGGACGCCUGGAACAACUUGAAGAGUUUGAGCAAAGACGAUGCAAUGAGUGAAUAUAUUAAAAUAGUUCAGGAAUUAGUCUCGACUGAAGAACCAACAUCAGACUCGGAGACAAAAGAUUCCGAAAGUCUCUCGGGAUCAAAGUAUGAAACAGUUCUGUACGAAGUAAAAAAUGGUUGCUGUAAAAUCACGCUGAAUAGACCACAGAAGUAUAAUGCUAUAAAUUUGAAGUGUUAUGAUGAAAUAGGUAUAGCCUUAGAAGAAGCUGCUAAAGAUGAUAAUGUAGUUGUUGCGGCGUUGACGGGAAGUGGGACUUACUACUCGGCUGGAAACGACUUAAGUGGAUUUUCACAACUUGCCCAGGAACAUGGCGGGGACAUGCAAAAAGGCGCACAGGCAGCGGGAAACAUACUGGAGAAAUUUGUGAGCAGUUUUAUCAACUUUCUGAAACCUCUGAUUGGUUUGAUUAAUGGACCGGCUGUAGGAAUCAGUGUCACCACUUUGGGUCUGUUUGACAUAGUUCUGGCAUCGUCAAACGCGACAUUCCAAACUCCGUUUCCUUCGUUAGGACAAACUCCUGAAGGGUGUUCUUCUUACACUUUCGCAAAAUUGAUGGGACAUAAUAAAGCAACCGAGAUGCUUCUGUAUGAAAAGAAACUUUCUGCAGUUGAAGCUUAUGAUAGAAAUUUAGUCACUGAAGUCAUUGACCAAUCUAGUUUUGAACGAGUAAUAGAAGAGCGUUUAAAUUUCUACGCGUCUUUGCCGAGUAAUAGUUUGGUCUACUCAAAGGGAUUGAUGAGGGAUCGAAAAAGGGACAAGUUGAUGACUGUGAACAGAGAAGAGUGUGACAGAUUAGUGGAGAGAUGGACUUCGGAAGAGUGCAUAAGUGCAAUCAUGAAGUUCAUGAGCAGAAAACAGUCCAAGAUGUAAAUUGUAAAUAGUGCGAAAUAUUUAUUAUUCAUUGUUUAUUGAAAUCACUUAUCAUCGAGACUUCUCUAAUAAAAUGGAAAAGCACACUGAUAUAUAUAUUUUUUGAAUUAUUGAAAGAAAUUCUCGUUUUGAAA